AUGUUUGAAAAUGCCUCCAGAACGCUUCGGUUCAGCUCAGCUUACAAUUUAGCAGACCUUACGGAAGAGCAGGUGAAAGACAUCCUCAGCUCCGCAGGCACUGUUACGAAAUUUCGGUUGAUGAUAAACCCCGAGACCGGAAAACCAAAGGGAUAUGGAUUCGCCGAUUUUGCGGACGCAGACGCUGCUGCUUCUGCCGUACGGAACCUGAAUGAUUACGAGAUUAUGGGUCGCAAGAUAAGAGUGGAUUGGCCACAUAACAAUGAGAAAGAUUCCGUUCCUCCAGACUACCCCCAACAGCCUCAAAUGGGUAUAAUGCAGGGGAUGCAGGGACAAGACCAGUCGCAAGCGUCUGCGCUGCCGCCGCUACCUCCAGGAACGGAACUCCCGCCAAAUCUUACCUGCCCCAACGCGAUAUCGCAAACUCUCGCUUCCCUCCCGGCUCCUCAACUACUCGAUGUUAUUACGCAGAUGAAGUCAUUGGUGAUGGCAGACCCGGCUCGCGCCACAGAGCUAUUAAGACAAGCUCCCCAUCUAGCUUAUGCCAUAUUCCAAGCGUUAUUACUCAUGAAUCUCGUUGAUUACAGCGUGCUUGGCUCUGUUGUUCAACAUGCCUCACAGCCUCAGCCGCCUCCACCACAGCCGACACCUCAGAUACCUCAACAGUUCCAACCAUAUCCAUCGAUCCCCGGCCAAAUAUCUACGCCCCCAGUACAACAUGCCGCUUUCGCUCCCCCUCAAACUCAACCUCAAACUCAGCAACAGCCUGCUCCGAUUCCCAGUCAGGACGAGCUGCUUCAGCAAGUAUUGAACAUGCCACAGUCUGCGAUAGAUGCGCUGCCACCUACGGAACGUAGCCAGAUAAUGUUGCUGAGGCAGCAGCUGCUCCAAGGGGGAAUGCGAUAG